AGCGCAACGGGCAAGGAGGUGUUGCAGAACCUCGGUCCCAAGGACAAGAGCGACCGUCUCCUUAUCAAGGGAGGCAGAAUCGUCAAUGAUGAUCAGUCCUUCUAUGCUGACAUUUACAUGGAAGAUGGCUUAAUAAAGCAAAUUGGAGACAAUCUGAUUGUCCCUGGAGGAGUGAAGACCAUCGAGGCCAACGGGAAGAUGGUGAUCCCAGGAGGCAUUGAUGUCCACACUCACUUCCAGAUGCCAUACAAGGGGAUGACUACAGUCGAUGACUUCUUCCAAGGGACAAAAGCUGCCUUAGCAGGUGGCACCACCAUGAUCAUUGAUCAUGUGGUGCCUGAGCCUGAAUCCAGCCUGAGCGAGGCCUAUGAGAAGUGGCGCGAGUGGGCUGAUGGGAAGAGCUGCUGUGACUACGCCCUGCACGUGGACAUCACCCACUGGAACGACAGUGUCAAGCAGGAAGUGCAGAGCCUCAUCAAGGACAAAGGGGUUAACUCCUUCAUGGUUUACAUGGCCUACAAGGAUUUGUACCAAGUGUCCAACACAGAGCUCUAUGAGAUCUUCACCUGCCUGGGAGAACUAGGGGCCAUUGCUCAAGUUCAUGCUGAGAAUGGGGACAUCAUUGCCCAGGAGCAGAACCGGAUGUUGGAAAUGGGGAUAACUGGCCCAGAAGGCCAUGUGCUGAGCAGACCAGAAGAGCUGGAAGCUGAGGCCGUGUUCCGUGCCAUCACCAUUGCCAGCCAGACCAAUUGCCCCCUGUACGUCACAAAGGUCAUGAGCAAGAGCGCGGCUGACCUCAUCUCACAAGCCAGGAAAAAAGGAAAUGUGGUCUUCGGGGAGCCCAUCACUGCCAGCCUUGGUAUAGAUGGGACCCAUUACUGGAGCAAGAACUGGGCCAAAGCAGCUGCGUUUGUGACGUCCCCACCUCUGAGCCCGGACCCAACCACUCCUGACUACAUCAACUCCUUGCUGGCCAGCGGUGAUCUGCAGCUCUCUGGCAGUGCGCACUGCACCUUCAGCACUGCUCAGAAAGCCAUUGGGAAGGACAACUUCACAGCCAUCCCCGAGGGUACCAAUGGCGUGGAGGAGCGGAUGUCCGUCAUCUGGGACAAGGCUGUGGCCACAGGAAAAAUGGAUGAAAACCAGUUUGUGGCCGUGACAAGCACAAAUGCUGCCAAGAUCUUUAACCUGUAUCCCCGCAAGGGCAGGAUAUCUGUGGGCUCUGACAGCGAUCUAGUCAUCUGGGAUCCAGACGCUGUGAAGAUCGUCUCUGCCAAGAGCCACCAGUCGGCUGCAGAAUACAACAUCUUCGAAGGGAUGGAGCUGCGUGGGGCCCCCCUGGUCGUCAUCUGCCAGGGCAAGAUCAUGCUGGAAGACGGCAACCUGCACGUGACCCAGGGGGCCGGCCGCUUCAUCCCCUGCGGCCCCUUUUCCGACUACGUCUACAAACGAAUCAAAGCCAGGAGGAGGAUGGCGGACCUGCAUGCCGUCCCGAGGGGCAUGUACGACGGGCCCGUGUUUGACCUGACUACCACCCCCAAAGGGGGCACCCCUGCGGGCUCCACCCGGGGCUCCCCCACGCGGCCCAACCCGCCUGUGAGGAACCUCCACCAGUCGGGGUUCAGCCUGUCGGGCACCCAGGUGGACGAGGGGGUCCGCUCAGCCAGCAAGCGCAUCGUGGCGCCCCCUGGAGGCCGCUCUAAUAUCACAUCCCUGAGUUAAGCAACCUUUCCCCAAAGGGGAGCAGAAGCAAGAAGAGAUUUUUUUGAAGCCAAAAUGGUACACCAAUAUUUAAGAAGGAAAGCAAAUCCAAACGGUUGCGGUAUAAAGAAUCAAUAAGCCUCAAGCCUUAUGUUUCUCCAUGUUAAGCUCGCUUGCCUAGCUUUACGAAUAUUGCUUUGUUUUCUGUUUAUGCGUAGCCUUGAUUUGUUGGACCCUCUCCCCCAUUUACAUGCAUGCAAUCAGACAGGCCGCUAAGGUAAAAGAGUCUGCUAUAUUAUAGUGUUGAGAGCGUGUGUAGUGCUGCAUCGUACGACAAGGGGACAGACAAAGCUGGGAGGUCAGGGAAAUGACAAAAGGGACGCAGGUUAUUUGGGGCGAGUGGGUGGUGGGAGCCAAGAGCAAGGUGGAGGGCACCGAGGGGAGGGGGUAGGGUGUGCAGGGGGGUGGGCCGUCGUGUACUGUGUUGGUGAUGUGUGUUUAUUUCCACUUCCAGCAGCUGUCACGCACUGCAGUCCCUCGGGGUCUGCAGAGACGCAGGCUAGUCUUCGGCUUCUGGAUUUGUCAGGUCCCUUCCUAGUAGAUUUUGUUUCUUUGAAUAUUAAUUAAAACACCAAAACCCAACCAUUUCUUCCACCUGCCUGAUUAUGCCAGUGUUUGUUCGGGCCUCUUUCUCGCUUGGUGUUGCCUUCAAAUCCUCCUCACUCCUGGGCAGGCAGGUCGGAUAGGGAGGAGCAGGUGACUCGCCUCACCCUCUGUGCCUCUGUGGCGCUCUUGAAAGGCAACGACUGAGGAUGCAGUCAGACUGUUUGGUAAAGGGCAGCAGAAGCCACAGUUCACUUCCUUCUGCCCGAGGCUGGGGAGGCCCUGGCCCUGCAGUAGGGCUUCAGCUCAGAUGGGCAGGAUGAAGGGCCUCUUGCCAGUGGUGGGUGUGGAUUCUCCUGAUCGCCUGAGAUCCAAGCACAUCAGUGACUGCAUAGGAUUUUUAAUCACUUUUCUCUUAGAUCCCUAACUUUUCCUACUAAUAUGGCAGUCAACUCGGGAUUUGGGAAAGUCAGUCCAACGCAGAGAAAGCACACUCUGUUAGCCUGGUUCAGUCUCUCAGUUCUAAGCCAUCCGUUUCCUCUUUCAUUCACAGAUCCCGGGGGGCGGGGAGAGCUCUAUUUUGGCACCAAAAUCUCAGAGUGAGUCGCAGUGACAGGACGCGGCUUCCUGAAGGGGCAGUGAAGGAAGUCAGCGGAGGGUUUGCAUCUCUCUUGUCUGUCAGAGCGGAGUGUCCAUUUCCUCAUCAGUCUACUUCUGCAAGCUCAAGUUUUGGAGCAGCUCCUGUGAAUGAGACAAGGAGUAGGGGGUAGAACGGGGACACCUCCUUACCAGGACAAACACCUUAGCCUGGGUCAGGCUUCUGUGCCCUGGGAAUACAGCUGACAGAAGCCAUAAACCUGUGUACUAAGUACUUUGAAGAGAAGAGCAGGCCUCACACACCUUUUAAGUGCUUAGGAGAAACCAUUGUCCCUGGCUGAAGUUGUGUAUUUUGUUUUGUUUUUUUUUUGUUAAUGGGGCUGGGGAUUAAACCAGGGCCUCACAUAUGCUAGG